UACUGUUUGAAUGAUUGUAUAUGAAUUAUUGUCUUCCUUUGAGUACUCUACAAACAACUACCAAAAGAAGACUUACUUUGAGAAGACUUUGGUGCAGAGGAAGAAGACUUUGUGAAGGAGCAAACACAACAAUGGCCGAUCCUGUAAUUGGUGCUACUGUUCAAGUUUUGCUUGAAAAGUUGAUUUCUCUCACUAUCGAGGAGGUCAACAGCUCAAGGGAUUUCAACAAAGAUCUCGAAAUGUUGACACAAAAUGUAUCCUUAAUCCAAGCUUUCAUUCAUGAUGUUGAAACACCACAAGUUGAGAAACAACAGUCUAUCGAACAAUGGCUCAACAGGCUUGAGAGAGUUGCUGAAGAUGCUGAAAAUGUGUUUGAUCGAUUCAGAUAUGAAUCUCUCAAAACAAAAGUGGUGAGGAGCCCAUUGAAAAAGGUCAGUGGUUUCUUUUCUCAUACUGCUUUUAAGAGAAAAAUGUCUCAAAAAAUCAACAACAUCAAUAAAGAGUUGACGGCUAUCAAUAAGGUAGCCAAAGACCUCGGUCUACAAUCACUCAUGGUUCCUUUUCGGAAAAUACUACCAAUUCGAGAAACAGAUUCCUUAGUAGUUGCUUCUGAUAUUGUUGGUAGAGAUUUGGAUGUUGCUGAGAUAAAGGAGAAGAUUUUGAACAUGAGAGAGGAGGAUAUUGUUCUGUCCACCAUUCCCAUAGUAGGUAUGGGAGGUUUAGGGAAAACAACUGUGGCUAAGAGGAUUUACAAUGAUGAACACAUCCAGCAAAUCUUUGAAAAGAGAAUUUGGUUGUGUCUACCUGAAAUGUCUGAAACGAAGUGCUUUCUUGAACAAAUCCUCGAAUCAUUGAUAGAGAGGAGAAUUGAGGUUGAAAGGAGAGAUAUAAUAGUCAAGAAGCUACAAGAUGAAUUGAGAGGAAAAAAAUAUUUGCUAGUCCUGGAUGAUUUGUGGUGUGUUGACUCUACAUCAUGGCAUGAGUUCGUUGACACCUUGAGAGGAAUAAAUACAUCCAGAGGAAACUGCAUUCUUGUGACUACUCGUAUGAAGCGGGUGGCAUCCACAGUAGCAACAGAUCUUCAUAUCUUGGGGAAGUUAACAGAAGAUCAUUGUUGGUCUAUUUUCAAACAAAAAGCAUUUGUUGAUGGCAGGGUUCCAGAGGAAUUAGCGAGCAUGGGCAACAAGAUUGUUAAAAUGUGCCAAGGUCUACCGUUGGCUGCAAGUGCGUUGGGAGGGCUCUUACACAACAAAGAAAAACAUGAAUGGCAAGCAAUUCUUGAUGGCAGCCUCCUUGUUGCAGGUGAAGAUGAUAAUGGAGAAAAUAGCAUAAAGAAAAUCCUAAAACUCAGCUAUGAUUAUCUACCAUCUCCACAUCUGAAAAAAUGCUUUGCUUACUUUGCAAUGUUUCCAAAAGAUUAUAUGUUUGAAAAGGACCAACUAAUCCAACUCUGGAUGGCAGAAGGGUUUCUUCGUCCAAGUCAAGAGAUCCCUGUGAUGGAAGACGUUGGGCACAGGUUUUUUCAAAUCUUGUUGCAGAAUUCCUUGCUACAAGAUGUUGUGUUAGAUGAACACAACACUAUAACACACUAUAAGAUGCACGAUCUUGUGCAUGAUUUGGCUGGAGAUAUCUUAAAAUCUAGACUAUUUGAUCCGAAGGGAGACAAUGGAGAAAAACUUUCUCAAGUUCGAUACUUUGGAUGUGAGUCACCAACGGAUCAAAUAGAUAAGAUAUAUGAGCCAGAACGUUUGUGCACACUGUUUUGGAGAAGCAAUUAUACGUCUAAAGAUAUGCUGUUGAACUUUAAGUUCUUGAGAGUUUUAGAUUUGUCCAGUUCAGGAAUCAAGGAGUUGUCAGCCAAAAUGGGGAAGCUGAUAUACUUGAGAUAUCUUGAUCUCUCGAACACUGAGAUCACAGCCUUGCCCAACUCCAUUUGCGAGCUCUAUAAUUUGCAAACAUUUAGAGUCAUCAACUGCUUUUCACUCCAGAAACUUCCAUAUGAGAUGAGAAAUAUGAUAAGUUUGAGACACAUAUAUUACACUUCUGUUGACGAAACAAGUGGGCAUUGGGGAGGAUGGUGUCUUCACAAUGAACAUUUUCAGAUUCCACUUAAUAUGGGGCAAUUGACUAGUCUUCAAACCCUCAAGUUUUUCAAGGUAGGUUUAGAGAAAGGUCGUCAAAUAGAAGAAUUAGGUCAUUUGAUCAGUUUACCAAUUGGAAUGCUAGAUCAAUGCCGGUCUCUAGAGUUUUUGUGUGUCAGCUGCUGUAACAACUUGGUUUCAUUCCCUUUACAUGUGUGGGAAAUGCCUUCAUUUUCAUUUUUGGAUAUAACAGAAUGUCCCAAAUUGAUUAGUGUACCCAAAGUGGGCCUUCACCAUCUCACCGGGUUAUUGAGAUUGGGAAUUGGUCCUUUCUCAGAGAUGGUGGAUUUUGAUGCAUUCCAAUUGAUUUUUAAUGGCAUUCAGCAGCUGUUGUCCCUUCGUGAUCUGGAGGUGUACGGACGUGGGCACUGGGAUUCUCUGCCCUAUCAGAUUAUGCAACUAUCUGACCUAAGAGAGAUCACAAUAGCUGAUUUUGGAAUUGAGGCUCUUCCUCCUAGACUUGACAACCUUACUUCUCUUGAAAGUUUGACUCUAGUGAGGUGCAAACAGCUACAACAUCUGAACUUCUCAGAUGCCAUGCCCAAAUUACGGCUUCUGUGUAUAAGUGAUUGUCCAUUGUUAGAAGCUCUGUCGGAUGGGCUCGGCAACCUUGUUUCUUUGGAAGAAUUAUAUUUACAUGACUGCGAAAAACUAGAGCAUCUACCGUCCCGAGAUGCCAUGCGACGCCUCACUAAAUUAUGGAACAUGGGAAUUAAAGGCUGCCCAAAGUUAGAAGAAAGUUUCACCAACUACUCCCAGUGGUCCAAAAUUUCCCAUAUUUCAAAUAUUGAAUUAGGUGGGCGGAGAAGGACAACCGUAGCUGGUUCAAAACGUCUCUGUGGUAAAUCAAGCCAAAUCGUAUGAGCAGCAGGCAAUUACGUUAGGUUACUAGGUACAAGGACAUAGUAGAACGUCGUUGUGGUAUAUCUAGUCAAAAUCCAUGGGCAGAAUCAUGUUAGAGGAACCACCACUGUUAUUUUGUAUGAAGAACAAUCUUCAACUGUAGACUCAUUAUGGGACACUUUCAUGAGUAUUUUCGGGGAACUACAGUCUACAUAUGAAACAUCAAAAACUCAAAAGCGUAUAGGGUGCUCAAUGAGAAGCUACACGGGGUCUAUUCUCCAUGACAAUUUCUCCGUUCAUUAAAACUUCCGCAAAUGAAGGACUUCAACAAAGAUAGUUGUCAUGAAUAUUUUUGCAAAGGGUGACCCAUUGGCUCUUAAAAUGUCCUUAGCAGUAUAUGUUCAUCUUAAACAGAUUCAUGUUUGAAACUCCAGCAUGGACCUUCGAAAUGCUACUUGUGUUAGAGAUGUGUUUGAGUGUCAUGAUUGGCAAGGGAAAUUGCAUGUGGCGGAAAUUGGAGUGGAAAUACUAUUUACUUGUAUGACUAAGAUUUGACAGCAGAGGCGCCUUUCUUUCACAGCAUACGUGCCUUUUGGUACAAAUAGAGUUCAUUUUUCCAACAAACAUUUUGAACUUUUAUACUUAGCUGCUGCUUCAUUGCCUAGUUGUUAGCUUCUGUAAUGUACAUCUGCUUUUCCUCUUGAAAUUUCUCUUGGCUUUUGUUCGCAAGUAUAAACAAAAAAGACAGGGCCUACCAUUUGCAUUGUUUAAAUCCAAACAAUAUGUAUUCAAAAGUCACAAGCUACGUGUGUUAUUCCAAUUUCGUACAGGACUG